AGUUGAUCGCAACAUAAGAGCUCAUAUCAGCUAGCUAGCUAGCUACAUGUAUAGCUUAGCUAAGGAACUUGUGGAGCAGAGUCUGAGGCCAGAGGGGGGUGCUGGAGCACCCUCUGCCCCCCUCUGGCUACGCCACUGAUUAGGCUACAAGUGCUGUCAACGGCACCAAUCUCGGCUGUCACUGAUGGACGUACUUUGGCUCUACGCCAGUUGGCACAACUGCAGGCAAAACUCACUGCCAUAGGAGACGAUAUCUCUACACUCGCUGCCGACCCAAAUGACGUACCGUUAGUGCACCUCUACCAAGAACAACUCAUGGAAUUCAAGCGAGAACUAUUUGACAUUCGCAACAACGUGAUAUCGAUCACCGUGGACGACUCUGACCCCCUAAAUGAUACUAUCAAGAGGCAGGAGAAAUUGAUAUUUGACAUGUCUGUCACCGUGAAGAGGCUUCUCUACAGCCCUAGUACAGAAGCUCUCGUCCCUACCACACCAGAAACUCCGACUCGUGGAGUCAAUCUUCCCAAAAUUGAAAUAGCUACAUUCAAUGGUGACCUGCUCAGUUGGCAAACAUUCUGGGAACAGUUUGAUGUGUCCAUACACAGCCGCAGGGACGUUAGCAAUGCUGAGAAACUGGCCUAUCUUCGCCAUUCCCUGAAGGAUGGAUCUGCAAAGGCAGUCAUAGAAGGAUUGUCGCAAUCGGGUGAUCAGUACUUGGAAGCAAUUGCAUCGCUCAAGGCGAGAUACGACCGACCAAGGCUAAUUCAUCAAACCCACGUCCAGAAGAUAUGUGAAGCCCCAAGUCUUAAAGAUGGUUCUGGCAAAGAAUUGAGACGUCUUCACGAUACCGUUCAACAACAUCUGCGCGCCCUCAAGGCGAUGGACCAAGAUCCCUCUGGAGCCUUCAUCACAUCCAUGAUGGAACUAAAGCUCGACCAAACUACCAUGUUUGAAUGGCAAAAGACUAGCCAAGCCACAAAAAGCGUACCUCAUUACCAGGCUAUAUUGGAAUUUCUCAACCUCCAUGCCCAAGCUGCAGAGACCUGCUCUACCCAAGAAAGAAAACAUGUUCGAAACGACUCAAGAAAACCACCCAGAUUGAUUCCAUCUCAUAUCGGACAUGUGUCUGAGGUGAAUGCUACUGUUUGUGUCGUGUGCAAGACUGAGAAACAUCCUUUAUACACUUGCCCCAAGUUCAAGAACCUAUACCCCAUGACAAAAUGCUGCUAACUAUCCGUUCCAACAACUUAUGCCUGAACUGCUUCAGAACAGGACACAUGGCGAGAAACUGCACAAGUAUUCAUCGGUGUAAAAAGUGUCAAAAAACUCAUCAUACUUUGUUGCACACUGAUGCUAAACCUCCUGAUGCUAAACCUCCUGACUCACAGUCAACCACCAAGGACCCUCCAACGAUCGAGCAAUCUCUCACAGCCAGCGUUGUAUCUACUAAUGUUGGACAGGUUGGAUCGGGCUCACAUACGCUUUUAAUGACCUGCCAAGUGUUAAUCCAUGCUCCCAAUGGUUCUCAGAUCAGAGCACGUGGUCUACUGGACACUGGUUCAUCAAUCUCGUUUGUGUCGCAACGAUUGGUGCAAUCUCUCAACUUACAAAGAUCAUCGAAGAAUCUUGAGAUCACUGGAAUAGCGGGAAUAUCUCACAACUCCCCACUGCACUCAGUCUCCACUUUCUAUAUCUCACCGACUGAUUCACCAAAUGAAAAGAUGCCAGUCACUGCGAUAGUGGUCCCAAGGGUCACCUGUGACUUACCAGUGCAACCCACUCCAUUUGAUUCGAAAUGGGAGCACCUAUCCGAUUUGAACCUCUCUGACCCAGACUUUGGCCAACCUGGAAGAAUUGACAUACUUCUUGGAGUUGAUAUUUACACUGAGGUGUUACUGCAGGGCCGGCGGAAGGGACCAACUGGAUCAAUAUCCCCUGUGGCAUUUGAAACGGCAUUCGGCUGGGUACUUGCUGGAAAGACAGGAAAACUCUCCACUACUCCUGACAAGAUCACUAAUUACCAUGUAUCUGUUACCUCUGGUGAUGACAUCCUGAGAAAGUUCUGGGAAAUAGAAGAAAGCACCAAAACUGGAUCAAACUUCUCCCCACAAGAACGCACUGUUGUUCACCAAUUUGAAAGAAACCACUCUCGUAGAGAAACUGGUCGAUUUAUUGUCCCACUUCCCAAGGAUCUACAUGCCAAAUCGAUUAGAGAAUCCAGAGCACAAGCCGUCCGCAGAUUUCUAUCCCUAGAAAAGACCUUACGCUCCAAGGAACAAUUCUCACAAUUUGCUGCUGUCAUGGAAGAAUAUAUGGACCUGAAUCAUGCUGAAAUUGUUCCAGUUGCUGAUUUACAGAAACAAAAUGAAGAUGUGUUUUAUUUGCCAAUGCAUGCUGUUCACAAGGAGCACAGUACGACUACGAAGAUCAGGGCUGUAUUUGACGCGUCAGCCAAGUCUACCACCGGUGUCUCACUGAACGACACACUGUUGGUCGGACCCACCGUACACCCUCCACUGAUAGAUGUUCUAUUACAAUUUCGACUACACAAGAUUGCGAUCACAGCUGACGUGAGCAAGAUGUACAGGGCUGUUGAACUGACUCAAUCCAAUCGGGAUCUCCACAGAUUUGUGUGGCGCAGCAAGCCCGACAACACUCUAGUCGAUUACAGAAUGACGAGAAUUACAUUUGGUGUCUCUGCUUCUGCUUUUGCAGCAAACAUGUCAGUCAAACAAAAUACUAUUGAUCAUGCUACUGAGUUUCCACAAGCUGCAAACGUAGUGAACACUUCAUUCUACGUCGAUGACUGUCUAACAGGUGCUAACUCGAUUGAAGAAGCAGUUGAGCUCCAACGACAACUACAUGGUCUUUUUGCAAAGGGAGAAUUCUUACUCAGGAAAUGGAAUUCUAACAACACCACUGUGUUACAAAACAUAUCUCCCGAGCUCAGAGACAGUCAGACACUACAACUGCUACCCACCAAUGAUGAAUACACCAAGACUCUAGGGAUUGAGUGGAGCGCAAAGAAGGAUCAUUUUCGACUCACUGUUGCCAAACCACCUCCACUUGAAACACUGACCAAACGAGCCCUAGUAUCAGACAUCGCCAAGACAUUUGAUGUGCUUGGGUGGUUCUCACCUGCCACCAUCAAGGUGAAGAUUCUGCUGCAGAAGGUAUGGGAGGAGAGAAUAGAUUGGGACGAUCCAGUUCCAAUGCAUAUCAAAGACAUCUGGUCGAAAUGGCGGACCGAAUUGCCCGAACUAUGGCUCAUUCCCCGUUGCCACUUCGACACAGACACAGAAAUUGUAUCCACCCAGCUCCAUGGUUUUUCAGAUGCCUCAGAGUCAGCCUAUUCUGCUGUUGUAUAUCUUUGUCUCACAGAUACUUCUGGUCUCCAUCAAAUCUCUCUGGUAAUGUCCAAGACAAAGGUAGCGCCGAUCAAGCGUCUCUCAAUUCCAAGGCUCGAACUUUGUGGUGCACAUCUACUUUCUCAAUUGCUACACCACGUCAAACGAGUACUCUGCAUACCAUUGUCUAACAUACAUGCCUGGACAGACAGCACAGUAGUGCUGAAUUGGUUGGACGGCAGUCCUAAGCGUUUUAAGACUUAUGUGGGCAACAGGAUCUCAGCCAUCCUUGAUUUGAUGCCACCAGACAAAUGGAAACACAUUAAUGAACUCCAGAAUCCUGCUGACUGUGCAUCCAGGGGCCUCUGCCCCUCUGAAUUGCUAGAUCACCCUCUCUGGUGGGAGCGGUCCUGACUGGCUCAAGCAAGACCAAACCAAUUGGCCAACACAAGUUGAACUUACUCCCAACAGCCAUGAUGAUGAAGGAACAGAGAUUUCAUUAGUGGUCAUACAAACAUUCCCCCAACCUGUGAUUCCAGUCGAUCGGUUUUCAAAACUCAACCAACUCAAUCGUGUCACCUGUUGGAUCAUUCGCUUUAUGAAAAAUAGCAGAUUCAAGGAUCAUUCCAAGAGAAUUCUUACACCUCUGACCAUGUCAGAGCUCCAAGAAGCAGAAAACUAUUGGAUUAAGGAUUAUCCAAGCGGCUCAUUUCAAGACAGAAAUUGAGCACAUACUCAGCAAGCAACCACUAUCUAAGUCUAAUUCACUCCUCACACUGAACCUAAUUGUUGAUAAUUACAAUCUGCUACGUGUUGGUGGGCGAAGGCAAUUAUCUGCAACCCCAUUCCACAAGUGGAAACAUCCCACCAGAAAUCUCCACAUUGGCGAUAUGGUCGUUAUCAAAGAAGAUUCCCCUCUACUCAACGAAUGCCCACUGGCUAGAGUGAUUGAAGUUCACCCCGGACACGAUGGUUUAGUUCGUGUGGCAACCAUCAAGACUUCAAAUGGUGUAUACAAACGCCCGAUUAACAAGCUCGCACUCCUACUACCAAGUGAAGAACAACAACAUUGAAGAUGAACUUAUAUGCAAGGAAAUGUUUUGAAACUAUACUUUAAGACCAUUCGGUCUUGGCCGGCGGUAUGUUGGCAUGUGUACUGGCGUGAUUGUUCAUGAUUUAUCCUGUUCUAUCCUGUUCUAUCCUGUUUUAUCCUGAUGUACUAUUUAUCCUAUGUCAUACCCAUGCAUUUACGCUGUUGUGUAAUUCACAGUUUUUCUUUGUGGUUGUUUAUUCUCACAUUGAUCAUGCAUCCUUGUUUCUGGAUCAUUCUAGAAAUAUUCUCAUCACCCCCUGGGACCUGACUCUUAUAAAUAGUUGUCCAUCCAUUACCUUUUUAGUUGUUGGUUUUUGAGUUGCUGUCUUUGUAUAGUUUGCUGGUACUAUCCCCUUAUUGUGAAUUUACUAGAUCUAUAUGAAAUAUAAAAAUGUUUAUUGGCAGUCAAUCUCAACAAUAGUAAUAGUCUAGUCUGUAUGGUUGCAAGAAGAAUCCA